GCAGCAUUAAGUCUGCCACAACGGCACGGAGUUGAAAGGCGACUAGAAAGACGUUCCUCGACGAUUGACGAUUUUGUGUGAAUUAAUAAACUAUUUUUAAUUAGAAAAAUGCAAUAAACUCUAGCUAAGUGCGCAUUAUUGGCGUAGUGUCAUAAACUGUGCAUAAAGUGAACACAGGAAUGUAAUAAAAAGUGUUUUAGUGAAAAGUGCCCACCGCAGUUCCUUGUCCCGUUUCUAUAGUCUUGCAGUGUGUGUCUGGGCGAAAAUCAAGUGUAAAAUUUAUAUAAAAUAGCUUUUAUUAUAAUAAACAAACAUAAAGCGCUUAAAAUUUUAGCGCCAAAAUACAGAUUGUGAAGUUUACCGCAUUCGAUUAAUAUAUACUGUGUGUAGUAAAGUGAAAUUCUUGAGCAUCGAAAAUAACUAGUAAAACUGCAGAAAAAUACACUAUUUGCGCCAGUUUGCUUUGGUUUUCUUCUCUAUCAUAGAAAUAAAUGCAUAAAAGAGACGGGAAAGUGUACGAUGCGCACUAGCCAUCACCGUCAUCGCCUUGAUUUUUCACCAUCAUUUACGUUGAGAAAUCACGAAUGCGAAUGUAAAGUGUAAAUGCAUAAAAAACUACUAGACAAAGUAAAUUUGUUUUCAUUGUGAACAUUGAACAUUGUUGUUGUCGUGUGGCGAAUUUAACCAUUCACUUUAAACGGACUGCCAAAAAUUUUCUACACAUGACAUUUCCACCACACAAAUACAAAUUUCUUUUGUUCGUCUUCGACAAAACGACGGCAUCGAAAAGAAACGAAGGUUGCAUACCGCGUUUUGUGUAAUUGAUGCAACAACUGCAUACAAUUUAUUUAAGAAGAAAAAAGUGAAAAUAUUAGCUAAAAAUAUAAAAAAGUGGUGUAUUUACGAAUAAUAAAAGUGUUUAUAAUGUAUGCUAAACGCAUAGAGCACAAUUUGAGAAAAUGAAGAAGAAACGAAAUUAUAAUUUCUAUUCGCCGCCGUUAAUAUCGUAUUUGCCUUUACGUUUCCCAUAGCCGUGUGCUUCGUUCUGCAAUAUUCGAAGGAAAACGUCUGUGAUUUCGGUCUCGUAGUGUUUUAUUUUUUCAUGUUUCCCCUACCGCGCGCUGUAUCCUUCUUCCAGCAACACUGCAUGCUGCCCAUACGCAACACAAGUGUGAGUGUGCCUCCUCCCCGCUUAUGCACCUUUUCGGUUUACUUAUAUAUAUGCUAUCACAUGUCUGCUUUACGUUUGUUGGCGCUACAAAACGUGAAAUUAUCAUAGACACCCAGUGCAUUUCAAAUAAUUGUGAAAAUGUGUAAAUCUUGAAUAUAUAUGUAUGUGUAUGUAAUUAAUUUUGACACCUAACAACGAAUGCUAUACCCAAGAAGUCAGUUCAAAUGAAGUAAAUAUAACACACCUCAAUACAAUAACAACUAUUCAGCGAAGUUCACACUCGUAGUCAUCGUCAUUUUUCUGCAGCAAUAUUUAAAAAGAAUUGCCAAUGAGUCGACGACAGUCGCUUGAUCGACCAGGAAUAUUGUCUCCUCCGGGUCCGUUUUUAACGCCCAGUCCGUCGCCAUCAAUAUCUGCUAGUCCACGCUUGCAACCAUCACCCUCAUUGUCGCCAUUUCCGCAGGAUGUGCUACUCGUAGCUGGUAAUACAAUAACAAGCGCCACACACGAUCAGGAAAGAAAAACUGCCACACCGGGACGCAGACAAUCGUUGCAUCAAUUCACAAAUGGAAGUCCGAACGCCGGUACCGUUGUAUUUCAGCCAAGUCCAUCGCAGUCACCAGCGGCAGCGACCAGUGUUAUCGGUGUGACAGCCGGUGUGGGCGGUGCGGCGAUAGCGGCCACAACACCUGCAGCCGGUAAUGAAUUCAACACGACACUUGUUGGAUCCAAUAAUAUACAAUUGAAUAAGAAGGGCAAUAAGCGCAUUACUCAGCAGCAACAGCAACAAAAUCAACUAAAUCAACAGCAUCACCAAAUAUUCAGCAGUGCUGUUACACCAACAACUUGCCACACUGCGUCUUCGAUCUCGAAUACUGUAGCCGGCGGCUAUGGGCAAUCACAUGCAGCAGCGAUCAACACGUCGAGUUCGUUUGCGACAGCAAAUGUGGCUGGUUGCCCAAAAGGUCAAGCGAAAAAAGCCGCCGCAACAGUACUACCAACGUCGACGUCGUUAAGUCAACAGCAACAACAGCAGCAGCACCAACAGUUCCAACACUAUCACAGCAGUAGUCCGCUGAUAGCUGACAGUCCAAUACCGAGUCCUAGCAAUACAAUUACCGCCGCCACAAUCAAACCGUCAACACCACAACCAAUGCAAAUGUUGCAGCAACAAUUUACCAUAACCGGCAAUGCGCCGCAUCAAACCAAUCAGCCGCAGCAGGUCUUUCAAAUAAUCCAAGGACCGCAGGGGCAAAUUGUUGCGGCGCCGGCUGGCCAACAGCACGCGUUACAGCAACGACUGAUAGGCAGCAAUGCCACGGUACAGACGCACGUAACGCCGACGUCGUACAGCAGUCUUGGCAGUACAACAACGAAUACAACAACCAAGUCCGGUAAGGCGCCGCAGCAAAUACUGCCAAAGCCACAGCAACAGUCUUACAACGAUGCCAGUCAACAGCAGCAACAACAACAACAGAAGUCUAAAAUGGGUGGUAGUAAUGCAGCGACCGCCACCGUACACAGUCACACCAAUAAUAUGGCGCAAAUGCCGCAGAUCUCACAAUCACCACAGCCGCAACAGGCGCAGAUCACCUCCGGCGGUCCGGGGCAGCAGCAGCAAAUCCUGCUACCCAACGGCGCCACAGCCAGCCUAACUACGCAACAGCCUUUGUUGCUCAAUCAAAUGCCCGUGUUGGUGCAGCAAAAUACGCCUCAGGGUGUACAACUAAUACUGCGACCACCCACACCACAGCUGACAGCCACGCCGUCACUGGUGAUACAGAAUGCGCGACCGCAGGCGCAGCUCCAACAGCAGCAGCCGCAACAACUGCUGCGUAUAUUGGGUACAAAUGGUGCGACCAUGCAACUGGCCGCCGCCACUCCAACGUUUAUCGUGUCGUCACAGGCCAACCUCAUACAACAGACUGCAAAUCAUAUACAAACGAUCAAAACUAAUCCUCAAAAUCCGGCCAUAACGCAGCUGACCGGCUUGCAUGCAGCGCUCUCAGCGUCAAAUCAGCAACGAUCUCAUCAGCCGUUCACCACAACGGCCACCAUUAACACCAGCCACCUGUUGGGGCCCAGCGUGGCGGCACAAUUGCAAAAUCUGCAAUUAGCCGCCGCUGCAGCGAACGGUGGCAGCAUUACGCAAAUUCAAAUGCCCAACGGACCCUCACCGACAACAGCAACAAUACUUUCACAGUUGCCAGCACAUUUUCAGCAGAGCUUAAACAAUGCUGCAGCCGGUGGCAGUUCGCUCAUCAAUUUGAAUCAGCUAAGUGGUGCUAAUAUACAGCAGUUGGCGGCGGCGGCGGCAGCAGCGGGUGCAACUUUUCAAACACCACCACCGCCGUCAACUUCUUCCAGUGCUAACGUGGAUAUGUUCAAUGCUCAGCAAAAUGCGCUACCCAGUUUGACACACGGUACAUCACAGGCGUCGCAGCCCAUGCGUCAGCCGACACCCACAUUGCUGCAGAAUACGGGCAUCACUGGUGGCACGGUUACCAUUAAUCAACAGCAACAAUUAACGAAUGGACAACCAACAAAUUCGUUGAUGAGCGCUAGUCCAGCAAACGGUGGUGCAACAAACUCUUCAUUGCAAACGCAGCAGCAGCAACAACAACAGCAGCCGCAGACUGAACCAAAAAAGAAGGCAAAGCCUCGCAAAAAGAAACAAACCGCGGCCAGCGCGGCAGCAGCAGCGGCUUCAGUACAAACGCCAGCGGUGGCAACACCCGCGCCCUCACCGACGUUGCAAGUAAAAAGUGUUCCAAUUACUACACCCUCACCGACGGCCACUGCGAUCACGAACAAGUUCAAUACACCUGUCAGCAUGAGUUACAGCACCGGCGUUAUGCCACAGCUGCAAUUCUCACAAACGUCACCGCAAAAUGUGAAACUAACAUUCACCAAUAGCAAUAGCAACAAUGGACCAAAUCAAACCAAUCAGCAGCCGCAACAGCAACAAGACCAAGCGCGUCCCAAACUCGAUCUCGGCAAUGUUAUGAAACUAUGUGGCAUCAUGGAGGAUGACGACGACGAUGAAGAUUAUAUGGACACAAUGUCGACACAUGACGAUCGCGCGUCGACUCCAGCGUCUAACGCACCACAGCCGCCGCAAACACCAACACAACCACCGUCGUCAUCAACGACACCGGCACCAGCGCCACCGAACGCCAACGACAUAAUGAUCUCGAUACCCAGUCAAAAUGGCACAGAUUCCUUGCCUUUCACAGUGACAAUACCUGCCUCAGCGGCGCUGGGUGCUGCAGCGGCGUCAACCAACAAUGCUGGUCAUGACACGACUGAGCCGCACAAUAUCUUCAUUAAAAUCGAUCAAAAUGACACGGCCUCAACGCCAUACACAAUAUCGAUACCCCGUCUGCCGACCGCGGAGGAGAUACAGCAACAAGCGCAACAGCAUUUGGCGCAACAAGCAGCAGCAGCGGCGGCGGCUGCCGCAGCACAGCAGCAACAGCAACAUCAGCAAUCCAAUAAUAAAAUUGGACCAGCGACCAUGAACUUUAACCUGUCGUCCGCCGGCAAUUUGCCACUGUUGCAAUCAAUGCAGCCGACGCAAGCGCAGCCGCAACCGCUCUUCAAUAUCACAGCUGGUGGUGCCACACUCCAACUGCCAACAUCUAAUAGCAAUCCCACAAUAGCCGUUACGACAACUGCAACUACCACCACAACAACAACAACUGCAACAGUGAAACCACGACGCAAGCCAGCGGUGCGCCGCAAUGGUAAAAAGCAAGACAACAGCAAUGCAGCCACCAAUGUGUCAACUGUAAUGACGCCAAGUACCGCAGCGGCAGCCUCAAUUACAACAACCACCACCACAACUAAUAGUGUCUCAGUGAUGCCCUCAUUGACGACCGCCACAACACCAGCCAUGCCAACACCAACUGCUGCACAACAGCAACAGCAGCACCAGCAACAACAACAGCAGUGCGCUCCAACAACUACAUUAGCGCACACAACAUCAACGGUGUCAGCAACACCAACAACAGCGUCAACAUUGGCCGCAACAGUUGCGGGUGCGCCGCAAGUUCCUAGCCAAAUUGGCAACAUACAAAUCUCGCAGGUGGACACAACGAAAAUGCUACCGAAUCACAAUGGCGGCUGCGGUGCUGUGGAGAACAAAAUACAAAUUAUGCCGAUUUUGGAUAGCGCCACUAGCGCAGGGGGAGGUCUCCAUAUUAAGACGUCAACACUACCGCCCACUUCGCAAUAUCAAACGCAGUCCAAUCAACAGCAGCAGCAGCAACAGCAACCACUACCACAACAACAACAGCAUCAUCAACAACCACAACCGAUUAUAUUUCAACCACCAAACUCUCAGGCAAACGUACAAACACACGAUUCAUCUGCCGCCGCCACUAUCAAACUAACCACUGAUGGCAGGCAGGUACAACUAGUGGCCAUACCACAAACAUCAGGGCCCACCGCAACUGCGGCGGCAUCAUCUAAUCAAACACCGACAGUACAACAACAGCCCACCAAUUCGAUGGCUUCGAGCAGCGGUAGUGCCCACAAUAAUGGCAUAAUGUCGACACCUGGCCUUUCCACGGCCACCAUACUGCCGCCACAACUCACCGGUAUGCCCAGCAAUGUGUCGAUAUCAGUGGGGUCGCCCGCAACAGCAGCGGCACUUAUGCCACAACUCACCGGAAGUCUCACCUUGGCUGUGUCCGAUCAAGGUGAACGUCUGAUAUUGCGACACAAUGCCAAUCAGCCGCAAGAUCAGCAAUCGCAGUUACUACUGCAGGCUCUACUCAAAGGCGCGCUGCCAAAUGUGACAAUAAUCAAUGAGCCAACAAGGUUGGAUAAUAGUAGCAACAGUAAUAACAACAGCAGCAAUAUCAGUGCGAAUAGCAAUAAUAUGCAGAACAAUCGUGUUGGUUUGGGUGCAGCUACACCGCAACUACUGCCGACUAGUUCGAUGAAUAGCACAUUGCAACAGCAACAAGCUAAAACUUUGUUAACGAACAAUACGGGCGCCAUCAAUAAGUUGACGCUACCCGCACAAGUUGCAGCAGCUGUGGGAACCAAAACUCCCACAAUACAGUUACAAUUCAAUGCUGCGCCAACGGCACUCUCGAACAGUGGCACCACUGCAAAUGGUACGACAGGUCCAACGCUUCAAUUACAGCUGCCACAGCAGUCACCACAACUGCAAAUGCAGCAGCAACAACAACAGCAGCAAAAGUCCUUCCAGCAGCAACAAAAUAUGUACAACGCUCCGAGAACGCCGGAUAUGGCACAGUUAAUGCAACAGCAACAACAACAACAUCAGCAGCAACUCCAACAGCAACAGACAAUGCUGCAACAGCAGCCGAACAAUGCGCUACUUGGUGCCGCAUCGUUGGCCGCCCAAAGCCAGCAGCGCUAUGUGUCACUGCCGAAAAUCGACGCCGCGACACAGCAAAUAUUCUCUUUGAACAGCGAAACAAAUCAAAUCACGCCAAUUAGUCCGACCCAAACUGCAGCCUCGAUCGGUCCUACCGAACGUUUACUGAUCGCGCCGGCCGGCAUCAAUGCUCAACAAUUAGCGCAGUGUCUGCAGUUGGGACAGAUUCACUUUAACGAUGUGAAUCCACUGCCGCCGAGCACGCAGCCGCAGCCAACAUUGUUGGGCAUGAAUACGACAUUGAACGCGAAUCAGCAGGCGGCGCAGCAACAGCAGCGCUUGCAACCACCACAACAGCAGAUAGUGCAUCCACAACCUAUACAGCCCCUGAGCAGUGUGACCAGCGGCGUCAGCUCGAACAACUCCACUGCGCCAACAAAUACCGUUACGAAGCAGGUGGCGAAUGUGGCGCCUAUUAUAGAUCAGAGCAAGGCGAAAUUGGAACCGCCACGAAAUGCAGCCUCAACAGGCGCAGUUGCGAAGAAGAAGCCUGUGCGCAAGCCGAAGGCCACGACAACGGCUGCUGAUGUAGCCAGCGGUACGGCAGGCAUUAAAAACGCGAGCGUCGUUAAGCCGAUGCCGAAAUUGGAUCCACUUUCGCAAAAGCCGAACAAUAAUCCUGUGCAAAUUGUGCAGCCGAAUGUUGCUAGCGGCAAGCAGGUUGGAUCAACGGCGUCCAACAAUCUGACAACAACAACUGGCACCAAUAGUAUACAACCAUUUCAAACGUUGCAACAAACAACCAAAUUGGUCGGUGUAACUGCGCCCAUGCAACAGCUUGUCACUUCGGGCGCCACUGCGCAGCAACAACAACAGCAGCAACAGCAGCAACAACAACAACAACAACUGCAACCAACAAGCACCGCCUCAAUGUUGUUGCAAACACCGAAUAUGCGCAGCUUCGUGAGCAGCGCAAAUAUUAUUGGUUGCUCCACCACAUUAACAAACAACAGCAACAACAGUCUUGUCAGCACUGCCAACACCAGCAGUAACGGUAUGACGUUGACAACAACUUCGUCAACGGUAGUGGCGCCGAGUUUCACCAUAAAUAAUGAACCACCAUCGCUGUCUGCGCUAAAUUCGUCCAACAACACGAAUGUGUUGCAACAACAAACGCAACUGCAAGUGCAACAACAACAGCCAACACAAGUGCAACGGCCGCAGCAAUCUCCACAGCAGCCACAACAUACCGUUUCACGUGUGCAAACCAUACAAUUGACGGCGCAGCAACAACAAAUGUUCAAACAAGUGCAAAUGCAAAUACAAUUCCUCACCAUUAAGCUGCAGCAUAAGUCGCUGUUGACCUCACUGCCGCUGCCGUCAGACUUCGAUCCAGCCGCCAUUGCGGCGUACACCAAACCAAUGGCCGAUGCCGAGAUAAAUGUGGCGCUGCAACGGCUGUAUACCGAGCAGCAACGCAUACUGGCGGCCGGCAAGGAGAUGCCCACGCCGGAAGCGUAUCUGCAGAUGCCGCCAAUAGGCAGCGGCCCUGGCAUUACAUUGAUGACGCAGCCACCGCAAAUGCAGCAACAACAACAGCAGCAGCAACAGGUUGGUGUAGGUAAGACGAACGCUUCGGGCAUACCGGCGAAUGUGGUGCAGCCGAAUAAUCACUCAUCCACCAUGACGGUGACUGCAACGUCGAUGAGCGGCGCCACCGCUGGACAGCAGGCGCAGACGCAAGCACAGGCCGGUGUUACACAUCGCAUUCAUAUAUACCCGAUGCAGCAUCAUCAAACCGUGCAACAGAACAAGCAACAGCAACAACAACAACAAUCGAAGUUGCAACCAGCCGCAACGGUUUCGCGUGGCAAAGACAAUAAUAACAGCAAUAGUAAGGGUAAAAUUGCCACGCCCACUCAACAGCUAGCAACGCCGAAUUCGAAUUCGAGUAACAACAACAUGAGCACACUGACGCCACUAAGCCAACCGAAGCAGCAGCCAACACUCGUGCCAACCUCGAAAGCGCCAGGUUUACACUUUCAACAGCAGCAGCAGCAGCAGCAACAACAACAACAACAAUUCUUGCUACAAAAGCCAGUAUUAGUGACGAGCAGCAGCGCCAGUAGUUCGACGCUCAUGAACGGUCCACCGCCACUAGUGUUCUCUAGUCCAUUGAUCGCUGUUUCGACAGCAGCGACAGCAACCAGUGCGGCCAGCACUCCCAUAGCCACGCAUUUUGCAGCGGGCGCAAACGGUUUCAUACAACAACAACAACAGCAACAUGUGUUGCAACAACAGCUAAACGCUUUAACUCAAGCGCCCGGCGGCAGCUUGUCAACACUUGCGCCAAGCAUGGUGCCCAUCAGCGCAACAACAACAACGGCACUUACGAGCGUCAGUCACACAGUCACAAUGAUGACAGCCUCAGCGGCAGCAACAUCAACAACGGCGCCGCAUACGAACAGUAUCACAUGCGUAACAACAACUGCUAAUGCACCAACAACAACAAUAGCAGCAACGACAAAUGCCACAGCAAUAACAACAGCAACAGCAUCGUCUGCAGCAACCGCUAUGUCAACAGCAAGUACAACAACCAUGGAGGCUCAAUCACAUGCGCCACUGCAGAAGGGAGGUAACAACGCUUACGCGCUCACCACCAACACCAACACUUCGGCAACCCCAAUACCCGCUGCAAUGCUGGGCACCCACCUGUUCAAACGCGAGGAGAGUUUGUCACCGCAGCCGAAACUUGCACGCCUUUCUUUGUUUCUGCGUCAAUUGGAGUUGGAUCAGCAGGCCAGCUUGAAUCCUGACUAUGUCAAUCCCUUUCAGAACAAAGAGGAGGCUGUCAAACGGCUUAUAAGAUAUCACUGCAUGUAUGAAAGUGUUGAGGAUCUACCCUAUGAAGAUGAGGAGCGCUUCGAACAGACGGCAUUACAAUAUCAGGAUAAAUAUCACAAAAUUUCAAACAAAUAUCAAAAGAUUCUCAUGCAAGAGUCAACGCUGGAGCAUCGCACAUCUGAGACCUGUCAAAUCCAACAACUGAUGAUUGACGAUCUAAGGGCGGAAAUGGAGCACUUGCGAAAUGCUGAACGCGAGCAGGCUCUCUACGAACAACAACAUGCUCAACAGCAACAAAAAGAAAUGCAUGAACUGAAGAGUGAAUCGCCAUUAGACACAACAACCCAGGAGCUUAAACAGGAAGUGAAAGCUGUCAAAGACGAGCCAGAGCUGGAGUGUGAUAAGGCAAACUACAAUAUUGGCGCUGCACUUAAGACGUUUGAAAUUAAAACGGAACCCAAUGACAAUAGCAACAACAAAGCGAACGCAACAGGCACACCAACACCAACAACAACAGUGCCAACAGUCGUGGACAAAUUUGAUUUGCUGAAGCACAGCACGAGUCACAAUAACACAUCAAAUAAUGUCGCCAACAAACAACAGCGUGAACAACAACAAUCACAGGCUGAUGAAAAGCAUCAGAACGAUUUGCUGCCGAAGAAGGAGGAGAAGCGCAACUGGCACAAUGCGGUCAGCGGUGGUGACGCAGGCUCCUAUGCUGCCAAUACGCAUUUCGAUUCGUUUGACGCGGAAGCCGCUAAAGACAAGCUAGGCGCGUCCAAUUUCUAUGCAAACUGCAACAAACAGCUGAACGGCAUAAUCAAGCGUGAAGUCGUGCCGUCGUCAGUUGCAUGCGACUAUGUGAAGAAAGAGUUCGAAAAUUUCGAUAUAGAAUCGGAGAUAACACCGAGUUUUAUAAUGAAGAAGGUCGAACAUAAGGAAGUGGUGCCUGCGCCGGCUAAUAACGCCAAAAUGCAAAACAAGCACGGUCGGGAGAAGAAUGAGCGCGGCAAUGCGCAUGAGCAACAACAACAGCAGCAACAACAAAAGUCAGUCCCCACCGCAGCCAGCAAUAAUAGCUUUGCGGCACAAUAUUUGCAGCACAACACCAAGCAACAACAGCUGCAACAGCAACAGCAAUUGAAACAACAGCAGCACCAACAACAACAGCAACAGCAGCAGCAGCAACAAGAAGACGAUUGGCUUUGCUUGCAGAAAGAGUUGAAUCUUAUCACCGCCGAAAACAAGAUUGGGUUGCAGCAACACCCUUUGCAACAACAGCACAUAAAUAUGCAGCAGCAGCAGCAACAGCCGCACUCCACACUUAACAACGGUCAGUCUGGGCAACUAAUUGAUCUCUUCCCCAACGGUUGCAUCAACAAAAACAAUCAGUUGAGCCCCAGCAGCAGUGACUCGAGUCAACACCAACUGCAGCCACAACAACAACAACAACAACAGCAGCAGCAGCCAAACUGUGAUCAACAAUCAGGUGUGCAGUCCGCAGUCGACGAGCCGCAGCAGAACCAUCACCAGAACCAACAAGGUCAGCAGCAGCAACAGCAACAACAACAAGAGCAACAAAAUACUCACAAUCACAUGCAAUCGUCACUGAACGAGUUCUUCGACUCCGGCGAUGACAUGGCUGAUGUGCAUAAGUCUGUCGAGACUCGACUGGAGGCCAUGUUCGGUGAGUCGCCCGUACAUUUGAGCAAAAGCGGUGGCAGCGACACGCGUGACAUUGAGGCUGGCCUGGAGGAUAUAUUCGGCGAGCGGAAGUCGAACGAUGACAAUGUCGACAACAAAUCGAAACAACAGCAACAACAACAGCAGCGGUUAUGGGACAACGAACUGAGCGCGGCGAACAGUUUUAUGCGCGUCACAAAUACGCAAGAGAAUGUGCUCUUCGAAAGUGAACAACAGCAAAUACACCUCAAUCAGCAGCACAUGCAGCAGAGCAUGCAGUUGAACAUCACCCAAAAUACAACGCGUUGGAUGCAAAACAUGGACGCACCCUUUGGUGACUUCAUAGCCAAUGCUGGCGGUGAUUGUGAGAUUUCGCGCAAAAGACGUUGGAAUGCCGAACUGAUGUCAGCCGACGCAGACGAUACGCUCGAUGGCGCGAAGAAAAUUUGCACCAUGUCUGCAUCCUCCAGCUCCUCAGCCUCACCGAUAUCUGCGCAACAACAGCAAUCGCGCCAGCAUCACGAAAGCAUUAUGGAGGCCGAUCUGCUUUCGCUACACGACGGCAUACGCGUAGAGCCAGCCGCGGCGCAGAUGCUGCAAAUGUCCACGCAACAGCAGGGUGUCUUCUGCCAGACGCAGCAUCAAUUCAGCAACUUGUUGGACGGUGUCGGUGGUCAUCACCAGCAACAUUUCAACAAUGCGCAACAGCAGCAACAACACAACAUGCAACAACAACAACAAGCGCACCAUCAACUGCACCCACAACUGCAGGCGCAUAUGCACCAGAAUCACAUUGGCGGCGGUGGCGGCGACUUCGAUGACGACAUCAGCCGACACGUGCAGAACGCCAUCGAUAGCAUACUCAAUCUGCAGAACAGCGAAUCGGCAGACUCGCUGAACUUCUCGUUGGAUCACUCGAUGGGCUCGCUGCUCGGCGACAGCAUACUUGACGAUCGCCAACAACAACAGGCGUCGGUGAAUUGUCAAGAUGGCGUCAAGCGCAGACAUCAUCUCGUUGAUGAGUUGGGCGAUUGCCUAAUUAGCGGUGGCGGUAGUGGUCCAGCCGCUGGUGACAAUGCCAGCAACAUACUUUUGGACAGCAGUCAACAUCAUCAUGUGCAACAACAACAGUUGGCGUUGCUCAAUCACAAUCACCUGCAGGGCAUGCAGCCGAACAAUCAUCAUCACCACCACCAACAGCAACAACAACAGCAGCAGCAGCAGCAAUCACAACAACACCACCAUCAGCAACAGGAGACUUCACAGCAAGCAUUGCUGGCGAACGAUUUCAAUUGCGUUGCCGCCGGUUUGGUCGAUGAGGCGGUCAAGUCCAUAAUGACAUCCUGACAACUUACUGCAGCGGACCAGCAGCAGCAGCAGUCGCAACAACAACAGACAUCAACUGCGAAACAACGCAGCGCUGUCGCUGCUAGAGCCACAACAACUGCCGCAGCGGCUAUAACCGCGAUCGCCGCCGGCAAUAUGGUUGGCAAUGGUCGUAAUAAUAUUGUAAAUACUGGCGUAUUGCUGGAGUUCAAUACCAGCGCUUUAUGAGCUGUGCGUCAUAAAAGGAGUACGAGUACUUAGUAGUAGAAUGUGUGCGUGGAGCAUUGAGUGUAUGAGCGUAUGUUGUGCAGAGUGACUUGCACUUUUUAACGGAUUUAAGUUGGUAAGUUGUAUAGGGACCGAGUGCACCCAAACCAAGGGCGUUAGUGGCGAGUUUUUUUUAAUUUUAUUUUUAUUUUUUUUUUAAUUUAAUUUUUUAUAUUUUAUCAAUUUUAUUAGGUCUAAUUGACAAGUUUUAACUUUAGAAACUAUUUAUUUUUUAUUAUAAUUUUAUUAGUAGCUUGUGUGGUGAAUUGAAUUUCGAAUUUCAACACAACAGUAUAUCGUAUUUUUAUUUGGAAGCACUUUCAACACUUACACUAUGUUUUAAAAUAAAACAUUUUUUUAUGAAAAUAUAAAUAAAAAAUAUAAAAUUUUUAUUUUUAACUAUUUAUUAAUACGCAAAUUCACAAAACUUCAAAAAAGUUAUCUUAAAAAAUAUUGAUAUUUCACUGAAUAUUUUUUUAAAUAAAAAUAAAAAUUGUGUAUUUAAUUUAAAGGAAAUUGUUAAAAAUAUUAUUUUUAGCAUGCACUUGAACAACAAAAACAAAACAGCAUGUAAAAUAUGAAUACAUAUUUGGCAUUUGAGGUUAUGUUGCUUUUGUGAAGUGCGUUGAAAGUUAUACAAAAUUUCGAAAUUUCUGCUGCCACAGCAAGCGUGUUUUUUUUUAGCAAAAAUUGAAAUAAAUUGUGUUUAUAAGCUCGCUAUCUCUCUCUGAAAUCAUACACGGUAUACCUCUUCACGGGUGUCGCUGCUCCAAAAAGUAUAAAUAUAAAGAUAUUUAUAGCUUUAAGUUCGACAUUUUAAUUUUUAGUGAUGCGUAAGUUUAAUGUAGCAACAAUUUGUUUUGUUUUAUAUAUAUAUAUAUAUUACUUUAGAUAAAUUACAAUUUAUUUAAUUUGUUAAAAUUUAUUAUACUUUCCGUAUGUAUUGACAUACAAAUGUAUGCUUGCGUUUUUAUGUAACAUUUACUUUUAAUUUUGCAUAAAAUAAACUUUAAAUAUUUAAUAAAGAACCACGAUGAACUACUGCACUAAAGAGAUAAUUCAAAGAAAAGCAAUAAUUUAAACUAAAUAUGAAAAGCGUUAUGUGAAUAUAGUGGAAUUGCACAAAUUUUAUAUACACAACCCAGCAAAUGAAGCAAUAAAAGCUAAAAUUUCAAAAAGUUAAUAAAUUGCCUGAAAAAAGCAUCGUUUAUAAACACAAAGCUGCUGCUGCCUAGCAGACAGACAGUACUGAGAGUGUAAAAGAAAUGAAAACAAAAAUACGCAUGUGGCAACACAUCACCCCUGGAGCUUCAACAUUGUUUUCUCACAACACACGCGACAAACGCCUAAAACUUUCAUGAAAGCUCCAAACGCCUGAAGCUUUUCUUACGUGAAAGCUCCAAACGCCUAAAGCUUUCCUUGCGUGAAAGCUCCAAACGCCUGAAGCUUUUCUUACGUGAAAGCUCCAAACGCCUAAAGCUUUCCUUGCGUGAAAGCUCCAAAAGCGUGUGUCUCUUAGCAAUUCGAUUUUCAAUCGGCAAUUUAGGCAAAUAAACCGGACAACAAACGAAACGAACUCGUGCAACUGAAUUCUUUAAAUCAAUAAAUUGUCUUAAACAUGCUUUAAAGCAACAAAAAAUAAUUAGCAAAAUUUUAUUUAAAAUAAAAAAAAAAAGCUAUUACAAAUUUAACAAUUAUGUGUAUGUAAUUAUGUACGUUAAAAUUAAAAUUACAAAAACAAAAACGAAAAAAAAUCACAAUCGCCGCUAAACUGACCACCACAAGUGGGCGUGGCAAACGAAUUGGUUGUAAACUACGCAAUUAUGUUUAAAAUGUAUGUGGCUUUCGUAAAACAAAUAAUAAUAUUAAAAAAAAAAAAAACAAAAUAAAAAUAAAAUUAAAAUGUUUCAAUUAAAAAAUGCAUAAAUUAAAGAAACGUUAGUAGCGCUUAGCAAGUAAAGUGAAAUUGAAAUUGAAACUGGAAAAUUGUUUAAACAAAAUGAGCGUAACAAUAAAACUAAAAUGCAAAGCAAUCACUGCAUAUGUACAUUCUCAAGUCGUAGAAUGGCAGGCAGUUGCAGUUAUGCAAUACAAUGCUAAUAUGGAAAUACGUUGCCAACUUUGUUAAGGAAAUGUUCAAAAAACUUUGCAAUACCGUUAUGCGUUUACAAAAUGAGAAAAAACCUUAAGCAUAGCAUAGCAUAUAAAAUGUAAUUUAUUACAGUACAGUAAUAGCGAGUUCAAGAUUUUUUUUAUUUUAUUUUAAUUUUUUUUUUUUGUAAAUAACUAAUUGAAAUUGUUAGUGAAAAUUGUAAGAUAGCAACAAACAAGAUCUAGAUGUGUGAACAUUUUUUCCUUUUUAAAAUUUUAUGAUAACAAUCAGUGUUUGUAUGUGUAUUCAAAUGAAAUAUUAACAGAUCCAAAAAUUGAAAAAUAAACACAUGAAAUAAUUUUAAUGAUAACAAGAAACAAAAACAAGAAUAUAUAAACUAUUAUCUAUAAAAGAGAUACAAGACAGCGCCAAUAUUGGCGAUUGUUGCAUGUACUUGUGGGCUUACAUACAUACGGCGUUUGUAAUAUAUAGUUAUAGUACGAAAAAAAAGUGAAAAAAUGUAUAUGUGGAUGAGUUUCGAAAAUUGAGGUUAAGUGCAACUGGCAAGCUUUCUUUUAGUUUGAGUGCUUUUGUUUUAGAUUUUUUCAAAAUUUUAUUUUCAGUUUUCUAAAAAUUUAUUAAAAAAUUCAAAAUUUUAUUAAAUAAUUGUUCAACGUAGAAAACAGUUAUUUUUGAUACAAUAUCCGCUUUUUUGGAAUUUAGAAGGUUUAUCCAAAGUAAUUAUAAAAUUGUACUAAAUCCAAUUUUUGUUUUAAAAUAUAUUUCGAAAAUCAUAUUGCCCAAAAUAUAUUUGUAGUGAGUACAAUUGUAUUGAGAAAUAUUUGAGAAUCCAAAAAUAUCAAAAUAUUUGAAACUUAAAGAUUCUUCGUAAUCGUUUUUGUUGGUAAUAAUAUGAUUAAUUCGAAAAUUCUUACAGAAAAUAACUAAAAAAAUAAAAAAUAGUAAUUUCGAAUUUUUUCGAACAUCGUAAGAUACUUUAAAACAUUUUUUUUUAAAUAUUUUGGAUAAAGAAUAUUGUUUUUUUUAACGUCAUAACCUCAGAUAUCGACUUUUAUUUUAUAAAAUAUGUACCGAAAACUCAUCUUCUUAAAUUUUUGAUUUUAAUUUUGAGGUUAGAGUAGAAAAGUAAUUAAAUUUUACUCUUUUUGCAUUGCAUUUUGCAGUAAUAUUCAUAACAGAGUCCAAAAUAAUUUUUUUCUCGAGUAAUAGAGUAUUCGAAAACAGCUUUCGACAAUAAGUUUGAGCUUGAACCUCACAUGAGGAAAGUGAGGUUAGGAGUUGUAUAAAAAUUAAACUCAAAUUUAAUUUUAAGCUGCCCUAAUCUCUUCUUUUUGUCCUCACUGGUUCUUAAUAAAAUAUAUAUUUCACUUAAUUAUUUCCAAAACUUCAAAGAAGCGCUCGGUAUGUGCACUCAACAGCGAAAGCCAAGAUAUUCGAACACAAAUACUAUUAAACAUAUUCGUCUGUAUGUAUGUGUGCGCAUGAGUACAUGCAAUCGCAACCAAUUAUCAGUGUGAACCUACAAGUUAUUUAUCUAAACGUACAUACAUCUACAUCUACAUAUAUACAUAUAUAUAUAUACCUAGUUAUGUAAGUUAGUAAAGAUUGCGAGAGCAAACCUAAAACCGAAAUGGUGACAACAACAAAUUCUAGUUAAUAGGAAGAAACUACUGAACUUAAACUGAGGUACAUAAUUAAAUAAAUAAAAUGCAUAAAUUAAUAAAAAUAAAAAAUAAAAAGUAUCGAAAACACAAAGGAUACGUAACUUAAUUCAAUUUAAAUACGCAUCAAAUGUAACUGUAAUUGUAAUGGUAAUUGUAUUUAGUAGUACGUAAGUCAAUAUUUACUGAUGAAUGUCUGUAUGUGUAAUGUGGCGGAGCGAUUAUAAAACAAAGGAAUGCAACAAUUUUUUUAAAUAAAAUAGAAAACAAAAACAAAAACUUGAAAGUAACUUAAUUAUCUUAAAAGAAAAAAAAAAAGAAAUAAUCAUCAAAAAUAAUGAUUAUGCAACACAUUACUACUAAAUUUAAUGUUAAUACAACUAAAUAAUAUAUUUAAUAAAUUUAUAAUAAUGAUAUAUAUAUCGUAUGUAUGUAUGUAAAAUUUUAAAAAAUCUCACAAAUAUUUUAUAAAAGCAAAACAAAAACAAAACAAAAGAAAAAAUAACUCGAAAACAACAAUGAAA